UCCGGGACAAAUCUCAGGCCUUAAAUUUCAUAAUUUUAGUCGACAUGACACUGAAAUAUCGACUGCGUUUACAGCUGCAGUUAAACUUUUCUGCUUUCAUUUGUUGCUCUUUAGCAAAAUCAUUGAGUGAUCGAUUGAAUUAUAAAGGACUGCGCAAAUGUGCUUCUAGCACCAUUUUUGAUCUCUAUUGCUGAACGAAGCAAUGCUGGGCAUUGUCUGAUUUAGACUAAAAAGCCAACAGAUUAAAUGCAAGAAUGAAUAUUUCGGACGCAAGUCGACCAGAGUUUAUCAUACCGGUAUACUUGGAGCUAGAAGAAUUGGAGUAUGCAGUUGGCGUUGUGUUCUUGACAACACUGGGGAUACUUGGAAAUAUAAUAGCUAUCUUAAAAAUAGUGUGUGAUCCUACCUUUCAUAAGCCGACAUAUAUUGUUUUGGCUACCUUGAUUUUCGCUGAUUUUAUUUGUUUGAUACAGUAUAUUGUCCAUGCUGCAGUUGAAAACGUGAACAGACCUAUAGGAAAUGAGUACGGGGAAUUUUUCAUGGCACUGACAUAUACGACCACGCAUGCGUCUGCGGCCCACGUGAUUUUGUUUCUAGGGCUUCGAUACUUUUACAUACGAAAUCCAAUCAAAGCACGUCUUAUACAAACCAGUGCAAUCAUCAGGUGGUCCAUUUCGCUUUGGAUAUUCAGUGCGGUGUUUGGUGCUCUUUAUCAUGUCUUUCGGUUUUGCAUUCCUAGAAUUGACAUACAAGUUGUCGUUCUUAGUUUUCGAGGAUACUUGUUAAUAGUACCAGUGUGCUUCAUGGUAUUUUUUCAUAUUCAAAAAGUGCAUGAGUUGCACCAUGCUAUCAACAUACCCGGGCUUAAUCGUCAUAUCCGGCGAAUGUCGCGCAUGCUCUCCGUGAUUGUUUUCAUUUAUAUAUUAUCAGCAUUACUAUUUCCCAUCUGUUUUAUACUCAAUUACAACAAAGUUUGUAAAGACGAAAAAGAAUGUACACACAUUUUAAUCAUUGCUAGAAUCAUGUGGCUUGUGAAUGUUUCCGCCAAUCCAAUAAUUUACUUCAUCUACACAAGCAAAGCUCGGGUGUUAUUCAGAGCAAUAUUUAAGAAAUUUAUUAGAAGACACAGGCAUUCCAGAAGGGAUUUAAUCGGCACACAAGUCCCGCCCUCUCCGGUGAUCUCAACGAAAUUAUAAGUUUUCAGUAUAUUAAUGUACAUGUAUGUACACGAUGAAGCCAUUCUACCUCAACUGGUGAAAGGAUAAUCAAAACCAAAAUCCGUAUGAUGUUUAUUCAUGAAUCUAGGUGUGAGUCGUUUGUUUGUUUGUUUUUUAACUCAGUCGAGCCUUUCAGACCAGACAGGUUAUCAUCAUGAUAUAAACAUUUUCGUACAUUUUUAUGCAGGGGUACUGUGUAAUAAAAAUUCGGUUCACGGGCCUCAAAUCUCGCCUGCUUUAUUUUUGUUUCUAAUAAAAUAUUUGAAAUAAAAUUUGUGCAAUUGAA